AUGAAGGGUCUUUUCACUAAAGCAAUACCAUUAAUCUUGGCGCUUGGAUCCCAAGCGGUUUCCUGCCAGCCACAGCCUGACCAGCCCCAGACCAAGCGAGUCGUUCAAUACUACGGUCAACAAAUCAACGAUCAAGGCACAAAGUUUCACAUAGACUUGCUCGUUAACAACUCAGACAACAAGACGUAUGCUACGAAUGUCUUGAUGGGCGAGUUCGGCGUGGGUAACAAGACCCUGCAACUAAAUGGUGGCGACCCCGCCGCGAAACCUAACGACUGGUUCUGGGACGAGAUCAAGACCAUCCAAGACGCCGGCGUCAAGGUAUCAUUGUGGCUGCGGCAAGGCUUCGAACACCUGAAAAAGGACAACAAGGACUUCGAUACCUAUUAUGCCCUGGUGAAGAAGACGAUCACGGACUACAACUUUGAGGGCAUAGACCUGGACAUCGAAGACGCUCUAGAUGACAAUGGUUGCGGCGAUAUGACCAUGACUCUCGAGGACACUGUCCAUCUCAUCCGCCGGUUGCGCGACGACUUCGGCCCCGAGUUCCUUAUCACACUAGCACCCGUCUCCGACGCCCUUCUCAACGAGGGAAACGUCAGCUGCUUCAACUACCAAGACUUAGAAAAGCGCGCCGCUGCCGACAUUAGCUGGUACAACGCGCAGUUCUACGGGGGUUCAUGGGAGGGCCUCAAGACAUCGGCGUUCUACGAACAAUGCAUCAAGGAAGGCGGAUGGAAGCCGCAGCGCAUCGUGACCACCAUUACUACGAGCUCCGAUUUUACGUAUCCGCUUCCCCGGUCGAGCUGGAUCGGACUCAACGAGACUGGGCCGACUAUUGAGUCUUUGGUGAAAAAGCACCCCGAUUUUGGAGGUGUUGGCGGCUUUGAUUAUUAUGAUGCUGAGCCGGGUGGUUAUGAGAAGCCCUGGGAGUGGUCCCGAUGGGCUGCGAGGAGGAUGAAUGUCUGA